AGUGGAAAAAUUGCACAAGAGCUUGAUUAUGUAAAUCAUCAUGUGCGAACAAAACUGGAUGAAAUAAAACGUCGUGAGUUGGAGCGUUUGCGUGAACUGGCCAACAGAGAAUUCGAGCUUAGUAAUGACAUUGAUCGCAACCAUUUAAAAGUACCACAACAUUUGGAUCACGGCAAUGAACAUACUUUCGAAAUCGAAGAUUUGCGUAAACUUAUUCAGAAAACCUCUGACGAUUUGGCUGAGGCCGAUCGUAAACGACGUGGUGAGUUCAAGGAGUACGAAAUGCAAAAGGAAUUCGAGCGGGAAGCGCAAAAAAAAGUAAUGAAUGAAGAGUCUCGAAAAAAAUUCGAUGCUGAGAUGAAAGAAAAGGAAGAAAAGCAUAAGCAGCACGAAAAAGUCCAUCAUCCAGGUAACAAAGCGCAAUUAGAGGAAGUCUGGGAAAAGCAGGAUCACAUGGAUAAGGACGAUUUCAAUCCAAAAACCUUCUUUUCCAUUCACGACAUUGACAGCAAUGGAUUUUGGGACGAAGCUGAAGUAAAGGCACUCUUCGUUAAGGAACUGGACAAAGUGUACCAAAGCAAUUUACCCGAAGAUGACAUGCGUGAGCGCGCCGAAGAAAUGGAACGCAUGCGAGAGCAUUACUUUCAGGUAUGUUUCUACAUUCAGUUUUAAACAAGUAAGAAAGCU